AUGGUGACUAGCUUGCAAAAUAGUGCCAUUUUCUUUCUUUUAACUGCUUUCGGCCUUUUUGGUCAUUGUGUUGCUCAUGAUUUGAGUAAUAUAAUUAGUCAUGAGGAUGAGGUCCAUGUGGGGGUGAUUCGGGAUAUGGGAUCAAAGGAGGGGAAGAUUGUUUACAGUUGUAUUUCCAUGGCGGUUUCGGAUUUCUACGAGAUGCACAAUUACUACACCACAAGGUUACAUCUUCAUGCAAGGGAUUCCAAAGGAAAACCUCUCCAUGCUCUCUCUGCUGCUUUUGACCUCUUAGAUAAUGUUAAAGUAGAAGCAAUCAUUGGGGCACAAACUAGAAAGGAAGCAAAGUUCUUGGCAGAGUUAGGAGACAAAGAAGAAGUUCCUGUAAUUUCUCUUUCUGAACCAAGUUUUUAUCUGCACUCUAACAAGUAUCCCUUCUUUAUUCAGAUCACACAAGAUGUUGAAACUUGUCAAUUUAAAAGUAUUUCUGACAUGGUUAAUACUUUCAAAUGGAGGGAUAUCAUACUUAUUUACGAGGACACAGAUUUCAUCAGAGACAUCAUACCAUAUAUGGUUGAUUCAUUUCAUGAAAAUGAUAUUAAUGUGACAUAUAAGUCUGCCAUUUCUAACUCAUACACAGAUGAUAAUGUUGUUGAAGAGCUCUACAAACUUAUGGACUUUCAAACUAAGGUGUUUGUCGUGCAUAUGUCAGAAGCUCCCGUGUCCAAACUUCUCAUCAAUGCAAAAAGGUUAGGAAUGAUGAGUGAAGGGUAUGCUUGGUUUGUGACAGCAUCUACUAUGAACCUCUUGAGUUCUGUGGACUCAUCUGUAAUAGAUUCCAUGCAAGGUUUAGUAGGUUUCAAGUCUUAUAUUCCUGCAACAAAAGAUCUUCAGAAUUUGGCUUUGAGACUCAGAAGGAAGUUCUCCAUUGAGUUAAGUGUCUAUGGCAUUUGGGCAUAUGAUUCAAUCUGGGCUGUAGCAGAAGCAGUUGAGAGGGCAAGGGACUAUAAUAAACUCGUUUCAGCCAUAAAAAAUGUGGUAAAUGUGAAAAGUAAAGAGAAAACUAGAUGGGUCGGAUUUUGGAAUUACAGUACAGAAGAAGCAAAUAGGAGAAGACAUAUAUCAUCCGCUCAUGAUCUUGAAGAGCCAAUCAUAUGGCCUGGAGGAUCAUUAACCGGCCCAAGAGUGUUCAGUGGCUUCUGCAUAGAGGCAUUCAUCCUUGCCAUUAGAAAAUUACCUUAUCCAGUAGAAGUUGAAUUCAUCCCAUAUGGAGGAACAUAUAAUGAUCUUGUUUAUCAGGUUUAUCUAGGGAACUUUGAUGGUGCUGUGGGCGAUAUAUCGAUCACAUGGGAGAGAUCCUUAUAUGUUGAAUUUACAAUAUCACAUACCAACACAGGUUCUAUUGCUACGGUGGUGCCAAACCAGAGUAGCAGAAGAAAUAUGUGGAUUUUCUUGAGACCUCUUGCAGCAGAUCUUUGGAUAACAACAACAGGUUUCUUUAUCUUGACUGGUUUUGUGGUGUGGAUAAUUGAGCAUCCCAUCAACCAAGAGUUCCAAGGCUCAUCAUCCCAACAAAUUGGAACAGUGUUAUGGUUCAUCUUUUCGACCCUCGUUUUUGCGCAUAGGGAGAAGUUAUUAAACAGCUUAUCAAAGUUUGUAGUGAUUGUGUGGGUGUUCGUAGUGCUUAUAUUGACUAACAGUUAUACUGCAAUCUUAACUUCAAUGAUGACAGUUCAACAAAUUCAAUUAAAUCCAAAGGAAAAUUAUUUAGGAUAUCAAAUGGAUUCACCUAUCCAAGCUUCUAUUUUUAGUUUAAAUUUUGAAGGAUUUAAGCCAUAUAGUUCACUUGAAGAAUAUGCAGAAGCUUUAUCAAAAGGUAGUAAGCAUGGUGGUGUUUCUGCUAUAGUUGAUGAAGUUCCAUGCAUCAAGCAGUUCGUUGCCAAGUAUCCUGGUGAUUACUCGGUGAAGACUAUGCCCAUGUCUAAUAUGAAUGGUUUUGGCUAUACUUUUCAGAAAGGGUCAACUUUGGUCCAAGACAUUUCAAAGGAACUCUCAAAACUGAAGGAAGCAAGAGAGUUAGCAGUGCUAGAAAAGAAAUGGAUUAGUUCCAGAGCUUACAGUGAAGAAGCUUUAUUAACUCCAUUUGACGAUUCUGGAAAUGGCCCUGAAGUUCUUAGUCUUGAUUGA